UCCGGGUGACGCCAGGGAGCCAGGGGCGGCGAGGUCACGCGUGGAGACUACGCCAGCCUAGCCCACGUGUGCGCCGGAUUUAAAAGUUGGUGGCGCGCGGAGAUGGUCACUUUGGUGUCUGAGCUCAGCAAGAGGCGCUCGGGAGACGCUGAGGGACAGCUAGAACACCCGCACAACACAGGGUACCUGGUUCCCAGUCCAGAGCUGCUUGGAGGGCAGAGAUGUCGCGAGCAGCUAAUCGCCGCCCAGGGCUCUCCGCAGGACAAUUGGCCGCUGCAACUGCAUCUCCUCUCCUGUCACUGCUGCUGCUGCUCGCCUGCUGUGCGGACGCUUGCAGAGGUACGCCAAUAUCGCCUCAAAGAUUACCACCAGAACAAGAACAAUGGUGGAAUGAGAUUCCUGAAGCUUGUGCGUCCUUUCUGUCUGUUGAUUCCCAGCCUCAGGCAUCUGUUGCAUUGAGGAAGCUUUGCCGUGUCCUGAUGGAGAUUUUCCAGAAGCCUCAGGAACAAAAUGAGAAAGAUAAUGCUAAGAGGUUCUUAUUUCAUUAUUCAAAGACACAGAAGUUGGGAAAUUCAAAUGUUGUGGAAUACCAGAGUCCUCUAGCUGCUCAAAGUCAAAGUCGGGGAUUCUUUUUAUUCAGGCCACGCAAUGGGAAGAGAUCAACAAGUUUCGUUUAA